ACCAGCUUUAUGCAGUCUACUACGAAGUCAAGAAGGGCAAUGUUGGAUAAUAUGUUUAUACCGGUACACAUAGCUAGCAGCCAACAGCAUGCUUAGGAUGAGACGAGAGGGUAGACUUCAUAAGAAGAGCUUCGAGCUCCUGGUUUUCCUGCCGUAGACGAGCAAUCUCAGCAUGAGGAUCGAGAUAGGCCGUGAGUGCUCCAGAUUGCUCGACAGAUUGUAAAGGUUCCUCUAAACCCUUCGAGCCUACUCUGUCCACCAACCGGCUAGACUUUGAUGCAUGAGAUACAUAGAACUGUUGUUCAGGUUGACGAUAUGCAGUCUUCGUGAGCAUGCUCAAGCGAGGACCUUGUUGUUCACAAAGCCACUCAGCUGCAUACAUGCAAUCAUCGUUCUGCUACGUACCUGUGAUGCAUACUGUCUCGUCUUGCUUGACGACAACUGAACCUGAACAGCGAUCUCCAGCAUAGUUCAAACGUGCAGCCUUGGAGCUCGGAGUGUGUGAGGGAAGCCCUCAAGACUUCGGACAAACUAUUAUCCCAUGAGAGUUCACAUACUCAGCGCCCUUGUGAUUCACCUCCUGAGUAGCAUGUUGGAACAGCGAUGACCAAAGAAGUGAUAGACUGGAUCGCUGCUGAGGGUCGUGUUUACUUCCAUGUGGGCAGUUGGAAAGACUGUUGGGGCAUUGGCAAAUGUUUGCGUCGGUGAUCGUCUGUCCUAUCGACAUGUCGUUUCCGAGCAGCACUGGAGCUGAACGCAGUGGCAGAACUCGCCAUGUUCACUCACCAUACCCACACCAUGGACCUGACAGUCCUGUUGCUCAAGGUGGAUUGCACCAAAGCACAGCUGAUGAGGCUCGUUACUCUGCACCUGUAGCUCACCCGCCGCCAACACCGCAGAUGAAUGCACGGCAGCCCACACUUCUGGGUGACACAAGCUUUUCGUCUAACGGAUUGUCUUUUUCUCAAGAGUCCUUACAUCACACUUUGUCACCGUUCAAUGUAUCGCAUACCCACCCUCCAAACAGCUUCGUACCUCAAGCACACUAUACGUCCCCAUCUGGGAUUGACCCUGCACGGACGUACUUCGUUGACCAACUUAUUAGUCAAGUAAAGAUUGGCAGUUCUGCAAAGCGCCAGCUUCUCCAUGAAGUUGCCAACAGUUCCAUGGACAAACAAGUCAUUGCAGCUUUGGCGCACUCUAUGGCUACGCGCGAAGAAGUCGACGCUUUGGCAAAUAAGGUGGUAGAGCAAAAUCAGACAUUAGAGAAGAUCCUCCAGUAUUGUCGUGAGGACUGGAAGCUGGAUGCUACGCAGGACAGCCUCAUCAAUGCUACAUUGCGUCACUUCUUGAUCCGGCCUGCCGAGGACUAUGGUCCGGUCACAGUUGCACGAGUUAUGGCGUAUAUCAAAAAGCGAGAAAACGCUGUCAAGUUCCACUUGGAAGACGUGAUUGGUGAUCCCAUUGCCGAGACGAAGAUCCUCAAGGUUAUCGAGAAGAAGGAGCUCCCGGCACGUGGAAACUUCAAGAAACUGGUAUGGCAUGCCGUGGAGAAGCAACAGUCGCUUGAUUGCUGGAUAACUGAUGUCAUUGCACAUUGGAACUACGGGCCUGAACCACGAGCCAGCACGCGGCGCUUAAUUAUGGCACAUUUGGCGUUUGCGCGUAGUAUUGCUGAGCCUAUCGUGGCUGAAAAACGUCCGACUGGGGCUGACAGCGGCUUCUGGAAGGUAAUGCGAAAAGAGAUGAAGUCGCUUCAUAGCAAGAAGAAGCUGGGUCCUAACCAUGAAAGCGAGAAGUGGCUGGAAUGGCAGGAGGCAGUCGUUGUAGCAGAUGAAGCCAAGUAUGGCCAAGGUUUUACUGGUCAUUCUAUCACCUCCGACGACGACGCGGACGACAACAAUGAUAAUACAGAGCAGCGAGACGGUACUAAUGAUCCCGAUGACCCUUUCCCGCAGGUGCAUGCCUCCUAUUCGCGUAAUGCUGAGCAGAUGAAUACCCCGCAGUAACUUUAUUUGAUAUAUAUGCAAA